AUGUCCUACGUGCAGAUCUCUACUACAACGGAGGCAGCUUCUCAACAGUUGAUAACUGAAAUGAAGGAAUAUAUCACCAAAAUUGGAGUUGGAGAACAGAUGAUUAAAGAAGGAUUGGAAAUUGUUACAACCAACAAAAACAAUCUGAAAAAUUCAAUAGCUAAUUUUGAGAGAAUUGUGGUCGGGAACGUAGCAAAAUUGUUUGUGUUUACUGCUGAGGACAAGUAUUCUUUGUCUAAGAAUGGACUUCAAGUGAAAAUAAAUGAGGAUAGCCAAUAUAUUAAUAUCAGAGGGUUAGCUAAUUUAAUUGAUGACAAGAACUUCAAAUAUUUUGAAGUUUGUUUGGACAAUUUUGAGUAA